AUGGAAGGCAUCUCAACUACCAAGAGAGAUUACGUGCCUCAUGAAGUGUUGCCACAGAAACGUAAACCAGCUGAAAAGUAUUGCAAGGGUAAUGGGAGUAUGGAUUUGACCUCCACUUAUAAACAAGACUAUAACACCUACCCUAUCUCUCGAGUAUCUCCAUGCCUACCCUGUGAGACAAAACACAUCCCUGACACCAAGAUGGAUACAAGAACCACUUAUGAAGAUGAUUAUGUGUUAUGGAAUGAACCAAAGACGUUGUGCAUCAGACCAGAUGACAGGUUUCACCCAUCAGAAGAAAAAUUUGGCCACAGAACUGUUGCCCAGGAUGACUAUCUCUACAGGGGACCAGUUGCCACUCAAAGCUGCAAACCUCUGAAUCUGGUCCAGGAAAACAAGGCUCCCUUUGAGAAUAUAACCAAUUACAGAGUGAGUUAUGUGCCACAUGCUCUGGAGAAGGUAUCUCAUAUCCAUAGAUAUGAGAAAUACAAGGUCAAUGAGGUCCCAUUUGAUGGGCUCACUACCCACAAAGUUUCUUACACGUGGCCGAAAGGUCAGCCAGCCAAGCUGCUAAAACCAUGCCAGCAGAAGCUUGUCCAUGAUCCAUUUUCCGCUACAACUGAAUUUCAGGAAAAAUACCAAGCUUGGCCACGGCUUCCUGUAUUCACCAAAAAACCUGAUGUUUAUCUUCCACCUGUGGAGAAAAUGGACCUCCAAACCACUACUCAGAUACAUUACAAGCAACCAAAUGGCAAGCCAGCCAAGAUGUGUAAGUCUUUGCCCCAGAUGAAAAGAAGCACUGAGCCAUUCAGUAGUGCUUCUACAAUGAAGGAAGACUAUAAGCCUUGGCUGUGUGAGAAAGUAAAACCUAUCAUUCAUGCUCCGGAGCUGACUUUGUCAGUGAAACCAAUGGAUUGCAUGACUACCUUUCAGACCCAUUAUGUGCCUCAUCCACUCACAGUUACAAAGAGCUGUAAGCCUGGCUGGUCAAGACCAAAGCAUCACACUUGGCUAGAUGCUACAACCACCUAUGCUACCAGCUACACCCCCAAGGGCUUUGUUAAAUGCUUAGCCUCUUACAAAAACCCACCCGGUUUCGUCUUUAAGGAAACUAAUUCUGAUGGUCACAAGCUGUAUGUCCCUGCUCCCAAGCCUGAGUGCCUGCAAGGCUGA